GAGGUGUUGGUGGUUGGUUUCUUCAAGUCGCGGGGAGCUCAACAAUGGCGGGUCUCAAUCAAGAUUACAUCUUGAACCCAAUAAAGAUUUCAUGGUGGAAUGGUCAAACAAGGGGUGGAAACAAGUUGGGUUCUUUCCUAUUUCUCCCUCCCUCUCCAAGUCUCCACUCGCCGCCGCGUUUAGAUUUAUUUUUAGUGACAAUAAAGAAUUCAUGUAAAGUCAACUGCGAAGUAAUGCCUCUGUCCCUGAUUGAUCCAUAGCUGCUGACUUCAACUCUCUCCCUCUCCAUGCUCUUCCUCUCCUUGUGACCUGUCCCUUCUGGAAGCUCAUCAGGAAGCCCUGCUCACGAGCUGUCUGUGUUUUUGUUCGUGAGGAAGUGACAGAAAAAAGAGGACAUGAAGUUUUGCUGUUGUUGUUGAUCUGAACGUCCAAACCACCCAGAAAUCUUCCCCCCCUUUUUUUUUUUCCCUGUAAGGUUGGUUUUGUCUUGUGAAUUGGUCUGAUGGGUGGUCGUGGUAGUGCUGGUGUUCUAGCAACAAGUCUCAUCCUGUUCCUGAGCUUUCUGGGCCUUCUUGGUCGCUCUGCUUCUGAGCCUCUAUGCACUGAUUCAAGAGCGCCCUUUACUCUGGCUAAACCCUUGGCAUUCUGCCCCUACAAUGGAAGCUCCUGUUGCAACUCGACCCAAGAUGCGCAGUUGCAGAUGCAGUUUCAAACUACGAAUGUCUCUGACCCUGCUUGUGGGUCGAUCUUAAAGUCGAUCCUCUGUGCGAGAUGUGAUCAAUUCUCAGCAGAGCUAUUCACCGUCGAUGCUGUGCCCAGGCCUAUUCCUGUUCUCUGCAACUCCACGGUUUUAGCAAAUUCAUCUCAAUCUAAUGAAGCACAGAAUGACUAUUGCUCUCAAGCAUGGGACACGUGCAGAAACAUUUCCAUAUAUAAUUCACCUUUUGCGCCUUCCUUACAAACCCAGGCGAAACUCAACAUCAAGUCGAACUUCACCAAAUUGACUGAUCUUUACCAGUCAAAAACUGACUUCUGCAAGGCUUUCGGCGGGGCUUCCGGCAAUGAUUCAGUAUGCUACAGCGGAGAACCUGUUCAGUUAAAUUCCACAGAAGCCCCAACCCCACCACCUGGACUCUGCCUUGAGAAGAUAGGCAGCGGAUCUUAUCUCAACAUGGUCGCUCAUCCCGAUGGCUCAAAUCGAGCUUUUUUCUCCACCCAAAAGGGAUACAUUUACCUUGCCACGGUUCCGGAGAUGGGGUCGGGGAAGACAAUGGACGUUGAUGAGUCGAGUCCAUUCCUGGACCUCACUGAUCAAGUUUACUUCGAUACACAGUUCGGGAUGAUGGGCAUGGCUUUUCACCCUAACUUUGCUCAGAAUGGUCGCCUUUUCGCUUCUUUCAACUGUGACAAGACCAAGUGGCUCGGUUGCACAGGAAGAUGUUCGUGUAAUUCGGACGUGAACUGUGAUCCUUCAAAGCUUCCUUCUGACAAUGGUGCCACGCCAUGUCAGUAUCAAACUGUUGUCGCAGAAUAUUCUGCUAAUGGUUCCGGCUCUGACCCCUCAACGGCAACAAGUGCCAAACCUAUGGAAUUUAGAAGGAUCUUUACCAUGGGCCUUCCCUUCACAUCCCACCAUGGUGGCCAGAUUCUCUUCGGGCCUGCAGAUGGGUACUUGUAUUUCAUGACGGGUGAUGGUGGUGGAACGGGUGGUGAUCCCUACAAUUUCUCGCAGAACAAGAAAUCGUUGCUCGGGAAGAUAAUGAGACUUGAUGUUGACAACAUUCCAAGUGUGGAGAAAAUAAACAAACUUGGUCUCUGGGGAAACUAUUCUAUACCGAAAGACAAUCCAUUCAGCGAGGAUGCAGCAUUGCAGCCUGAAAUUUACGCUCUGGGGAUGAGGAAUCCGUGGCGCUGUAGUUUUGAUUCGCUCAGGCCUUCCUACUUUGUAUGCGCAGAUGUUGGGCAGGAUGAAUACGAAGAGGUCGAUUUAAUCACCAAAGGUGGAAACUACGGAUGGCGUAUUUAUGAGGGCCCUAAACUUUUUGCUAAGCCAGAUUCUGCAACAAAUUCGUCUCUAAAUUCAUCAAACUUCAUUUUCCCAAUAAUGGGUUACAGCCACUCCGAGGUGAAUAAGAACCUGGGAUCUGCAUCAAUUACUGGGGGCUACUUCUACCGGUCGAUGACCGACCCGUGUACAUAUGGAAGGUACUUGUAUGGAGAUCUGUAUGCUGGGGCCAUAUGGGCGGGGAUUGAAAACCCAGAAGACAGCGGGAACUAUACGAGCAGUAAGAUACCGUUUGCCUGCGCGAAAGAUUCUCCCAUAAAAUGCGAUGUGCAGGGAAGUUCCCUCCCUUCUUUGGGAUACAUCUUCUCAUUUGGAGAGGACAACAAGAAGGACGUGUACGUCCUAGCAAGCUCGGGAGUUUACAGAGUUGUCCGCCCAAGCCGUUGCAGCUACACUUGCUCCAAGGAGAAUCUGACUGACAUCGCGAGCCCGGGGCCCAGCCCUUCUUCCCCAUCUUCCCCAGCGAACCGGUUGAUCGCCAGAUUGAACAACUCGGUGCUAGUUGCUGCCUUCUUGUUGCUUCCUCUUCUUAUUCUAGGCAAGUUCUAGUGAACACUCCAGUUGGAAUGAGAUCACGUUGGACAACUUAGCUUAUUUUUCUUGGCAUAUGUGAAUCAAGAUUUUUCAUGAUUUUCCUGAUUUUUGUUUUGGAGGAAACAUCCGGAUUCCGGAGGACGGUUUUCGUUUCUCAAUUUUCGCAAAAUGAAACUACAGAUCACCUGUACUUCGACUUCUGUAAAUUUACUGAGACCUGCCUAUGAUCCUCCAUGAAUAACGUGUUCUUUAUAGCUUGUGAAA